AUUGUUUUGAUUGUCAAAAAGAUUACAUUCGAUUUAGUUUGAAAAGAAGUUCUUUGAGUAUGGAUCAUCGGUUACCUCGGGCAGCAUAUCAAUAUYAUUUGGUACUUGAUUUUGAAGCUACGUGUUGGGAUUCAAAAAAGGAGAGAUCGCUCAAACCACAGGAGAUCAUUGAAUUCGCCUUGAAAGUCAAUUCCAAAACAUUCCAAACAGAAGCAGAAUUCCAUCAGUUUGUCAGACCAGUCGUUCACCCACACCUGAGUUCAUUUUGUACUGAGCUUACAGGAAUUAGUACAGAGAAGUUAAUUGAUAAGCCAGACCUAAGAACAACUUUGCAGUUGUUUCAUAUGUGGAUGAGAGAUGAAGGCUUGUUAAAGAAUGGAGUUACUUCAUGCUUUGUCACAUUUGGAAGCUGUGAUCUAAAGAGAAUGUUACCAAGUCAAUGUGAAUAUUUCAGAAUACCUUGCCAUUCAUACUUUAACAAGUGGAUUGAUAUUCAAACAGUUUAUCACUCACUGACAAGCAGAGGGAAGUGUGUAGGAUUGCAGCGAAUGCUUAAUGAGCUUAACUUGAGGCCAGUUGGUAGACAUCAUAGUGGCAUUGAUGAUGCACGUAACACUGCACAUAUCUUAAAAAAAUUAUCAAGAGUACAGCCCUACAUCAUAGCCACAACAGCACUGGAGUACUGAUUCAAACCAGCUGGCAAAAAUCAACCAUUAAUCACAAGAAUUUUAUUGUGUUCAGAAAAUAUACCAGAGCAUCAUUGAAAAGAAACUUUUAAACCCAACUUUUUCCCAGGCUGACUGAUUUGAAUAAUGAUAAGCAGCCAAUAAUGAGAGAGCAGCACAUAAGAAUUUCAAGUAGGGAUUAACCAAUUAUAAUUUAGUAUCUAGGUAUCUACAUAUAUCUAGGUAUGUUGCUGGGUUUGGAUGCAUGAAAGAUAAAAAACACUCGAAUGGCUUCUUGCUUCUGAUGCAUGGUGAACAGUAGCAUAAUAUGCGGUGUUGAGGGCAGAGUGGUACCACUUGGAUAAUGAACACACAAAUGGCUUCUUGCUUCUGAUGCAUGGUGAACAACAGUAGCAUAAUAUGUGGUGUAGAGGGCAGAGUGAUGCUGCUAUGGAUAAAGAACACACGAAUGGCUUCUUGCUUCUGAUGCAUGGUGAACAACAGUAGCAUAAUAUGUGGUGUAGAGGGCAGAGUGAUGCUGCUUGGAUAAGGAACACAYGAAUGGCUUCUUGCUUCUGAUGCAUGGUGAACAGCAGUAGCAUAAUAUGCGGUGUUGAGGGCAGAGUGAUGCUGUUAUGGAUAAAGAACACACGAAUGGCUUCUUGCUUCUGAUGCAUGGUGAACAGCAGUAGCAUAAUAUGUGGUGUUGAGGGCAGAGUGGUACUACUUGGAUAAUGAACAC